GGGAGUCAGAGAGGGAGAGAGGAGCUGCCAGCCUGGAACCCCGCUCAUACCGCGCUCAUUGCCGGAGGAAAGCCAGGAGGUGCAUAUAUAUCAGGGGGUGCAGACAUAUAAGGGGGUGCAUAUACAUCAGGGGGUGCAGACAUAUCAGGGGGUUCAGGCGCAUCUGGGGUGCAGUCAUAUCAGGGAGUGCAAUCUGAUAACAGAGUGCAGUGCUAUAUGGAGGUCAUUGGAAAUCAGCUGCUGAAGUGAGAUCCGAGGGUGCAGUGUUAUUAGGGGGGUGCAGUGUGAUCAGGGGGUACUGUUAGAUCAGGAGAUGCAGUGGGAUCAGGAGGUGCAGUGAGACCAGGAGGUGCAGUGAGACCAGGUGGUGCGGUGGGAUAAGGAGGUGCAGUGAGAUCAGGAGGUGCAGUGGGAUCAGGAGGUGCAGUGGGAUCAGGAGGUGCAGUGGGAUCAGGAGGUGCAGUGAGUUCUGGGGGUGCAGUGGGAUCAGGAGGUGCAGUGAGAUCUGGGGCUGCGGUGGGAUCAGGAGGUGCAGUGAGAUCAGGAGGUGCAGUGGAAUCAGGAGGUGCAGUAAGAUCAGGAGGUGCAGUGAGAUCAGGAGGUGCAGUGAGAUCUGGGGGUGCAGUGAGAUCUAGGGGUGCACCUAGUGCUGGCACCUGAGUGGGUGAUGAGGCAGGGGGCUCUUUAGUCUGCAGGGCUGCUGCUGCUGCUGGCAUUAUUGGGUGCAGUAGGUGCUGACUCCUCCAGGGACUCCAGCUGGGGUGGGCUCCGGGGCUGGUGGGCGCCAGAAUGGAGGAUCAGACUGAGCACAGUCCCGGAGCCCCCAGUGAGUCGGAUAACGGGGUCUCCCCUCCCCCCCUGCACCCCGGGGCCCCCCCGCACCGGACCACCAACUUCUUCAUAGACAACAUUCUGCGCCCGGACUUCGGCUGCAGGAAGGAGACCCCCGGGCGGGAGAACGUCAACCCCCUGCACACCCGACCGGGUCACUCCGCUCCCAGCCCGGACUCUGACACCACGUCGGACAGCUCCAAAGGGAGCGACUCCAACCCUGCCCUGCUCCUGGUGGAGAACGCCGGGCCCCCGGCCAACAAGAGCGACCCCCUGGUGUGGCCAGCCUGGGUGUACUGCACCCGCUACUCAGACCGGCCUUCUUCAGGGCCCCGCACCAGGAAGCUGAAGAAGAAGAAGAACGAGAAGGAGGACAAGAGGCCGCGCACAGCCUUCACCGCGGAGCAGCUGCAGAGGCUGAAAGGGGAGUUCCAGGCCAACCGCUACAUCACAGAGCAGAGGAGGCAGACCUUGGCCCAAGAGCUUAACCUCAACGAGUCCCAGAUCAAGAUCUGGUUCCAGAAUAAAAGAGCCAAAAUCAAGAAGGCGUCUGGCCUAAAGAACGGACUGGCUCUGCACCUGAUGGCCCAGGGACUGUACAAUCACUCCACCACCACGGUGCAGGACAAGGAGGAGAGCGAGUGAGGGGCAU